AUGGAAACAGGCUGGAGACAGCGCUUCGUGUCCCGGGCUCGGUACGUGGAGACGCUGCUGGUGGCUGAUGCCUCCAUGGUGCGGUUCUACGGGGAGGACGUGGAGAACCACAUCCUGACCCUGAUGUCCAUGGCUGCUCGCAUCUACAAGCACCCCAGCCUGAAGAACUCCAUCAACCUGGUGGUGGUGAAGGUGCUGGUGGUGGAUGAGGAGGCAGCAGGGCCAGAGGUGUCUGACAACGGUGGCCUCACCCUGCGCAACUUCUGUACCUGGCAGCAGAAGUUCAACCCCCUGAGCGACCGGCACCCCGAGCACUACGACACGGCCAUCCUGCUGACCAGACAGGACUUCUGUGGGCACCAGAGCUGUGACACGCUGGGAGUGGCAGACAUUGGCACCAUGUGCGACCGCAACAAGAGCUGCUCGGUGAUCGAGGACGAGGGUCUGCAGGCAGCCUACACCCUGGCCCAUGAACUGGGCCAUGUGCUCAGCAUGCCCCACGAUGACUCCAAGACCUGCGAGAGGCUCUUCGGGCCCCUUGGGAAGCACCACCUGAUGGCCCCUCUGUUCAUCCACUUGAACAAGACCCAGCCCUGGUCUCCUUGCAGCACCAUGUACCUCACUGAGUUCCUGGAUGGUGGGCAUGGGGACUGCUUGCUGGAUGCCCCAGCUGACCCCCUCCCCCUGCCCGCCGAGCUGCCUGGCCAAGGAGCCCUGUACAGCCUGGACCAGCAGUGCCAGCAGAUCUUUGGCAAGGACUUCCAGCACUGCCCCAACACCACGGAGGAGGACAUCUGUGCCCAGCUCUGGUGCAGGAUGGGGGGCAGUGGGGAGCCCCUGUGCCACACCAAGAACGGCAGCUUGCCAUGGGCUGAUGGCACCCCCUGCCAGGCUGGGGGGCUGUGCUGGGAUGGUCACUGCCUGCCCAAGGAUGCUCUGAAACCCCAGUACUGCGAGGGGCAACGCGCCCGGUACCAGUCCUGCCACACCCAGGAGUGCCCUCCUGACGGGAAAAGCUUUCGGGAGCAGCAGUGUGAGAAGUACAACAGCUACAACUUCACGGAUCUGGAAGGGAAUCACCUGGAGUGGGUUCCCAAGUACGCGGGGGUCUCGCCCCGGGACCGGUGCAAACUCUUCUGCAGAGCCAGGGGGAGGAGUGAAUUUAAAGUCUUCGAGGCCAAAGUGAUCGAUGGGACGCUGUGUGGACCAGAGACCCUCUCCAUCUGUGUCCACGGGCAGUGCAUCAAGGCUGGCUGUGACCACGUCAUUGGGUCCUCCAAGAAGCUGGACAAGUGUGGGGUGUGUGGUGGCAACGGCUCCACUUGCAGGAAAAUAUCUGGCUCACUCAACAGAUCCAAGUUGAGGGCUGCAAAACCCUCCAAAGCUGAGUCCAGGCAGGACAUCCUCGUGAAGGGGACCAUCCUGAAAUACAGCGGCUCCAUGACCACCCUGGAGAGGCUGCAGAGCUUCCGACGGCUCCCAGAGCCCCUGACCGUCCAGCUGCUGACCAUCGCCAGCGAGAUCUUCCCACCGAAAGUCAAGUACACCUUCUUCAUCCCCAAGGACGUGCCUUUCAACAAGCAGAAAGGCAAGGAGAAGAAAUCAGCCAACGUCAUCCAGCCCAUGUUGACCUCCCAGUGGGUCCUGGGCGACUGGUCCGAGUGCUCCAAGACGUGCGGCUCCGGCUGGCAGAGGAGGACGGUGGAUUGUCGGGACGUGGAGGGUGAAACCUCCUCCACCUGCGACCGAGCCCUCAAACCCGAGGACAUCAAGCCCUGUGGAGAUGUCCCCUGCCCUCUCUGGCGCCUGGGCCCUUGGUCUCCUUGCUCCCAAACCUGUGGGGAGGGCGUGCGGACGCGCAACGCCUCUUGCAUCGAUUACACCGGGAAAGUCACCGACCCGGAGAAGUGCAGCUCCCCAGGGCCAGCACCGGCCACUGCCGCCUGUGUCCUGCAGCAGUGCUGA